AUGUAAUAAUCUCUAAUUGAUUCUAACAUUAUUCAAUCUACAACUGUUAAAACAAUAAAAGAACUUAAAAAAUUGGGAGACUCUCGAACGAACUUAGAAGUUGAUGAGAAUGAGAUUAAUGAUUCAACAUAAAGUGGAAAAAACACUCCUGAAGAUGAAACCUCGAAAACUUUACAUACUAAAAUAACACUCAAUAAAAAACCAAAAUUAACAUUCAAACUUUCAACUUAAAAUAGGGUCACUUCUAUUAAAUAAAAUGUUUUAAAGACUUCUGAUGAUACUGCUGAACAAAAUAAUGAUGUAUUUAGAAGAGCAUCAUUAAGAUUAGGUUCAAUAAGAAAUUAAAAACCUCAACCAUAACUCUAGUUAGAAUAAAACGAUCCUGUUGAUAUUAAUAAUGCACUUAAUUUAAUUUUAAAUAAAUGUAAAACUAUAAAAGAAGAAUUUGAGUAAUUAUAACUUACUAAUACAUAAAUCAAUAAAUACAUAAAAAAUGAUAAACAUUUUAAUUUUUCAUUUUAAGCAUUUUUAGAUAAUCUAGUUUCAAAAGGAAAACUUGCUUAGACAUUAACCAAUAUCCAAAAACCAGUUUUACAAAUGAUAGAACAGUUUACCAUAAAUCAUGUUAAAAGAUGUAUGUAAAAAAAUUAAAUUACUCAAUAAUAUGAAGAAAAAACUAAACAUCUUGACCUGCUUUUGAAUCGUUAUUACAAAGAGUUAAUAAAUAUUGAAUAAAAUAUCAAAUAUUUCUGA